ACUUCUCAACUGAUGCCACUCAUCACAAAAAUACAUUUAAAUUAAAGAAUUUAAUUUAGCAUACGAGUAUUUUAUAAAUUUCCCCCAUUCAUUUUUUUAGAAUCCAUGUCAUUAGAACCGGACUACACUCAAAAUGAUGCAAACCAAUAUGACAAAACGUAAAACACUGAUCUUCGCUUGCUUUGGCAUAGCAAUCGGACUCUGCAUAGGGACGGUAUUGAAAAAUUAUCGUGCUUUAGAGAUAGUCAAACGUUGUAGUGUCAAGCUAACGAAUCAGAAAUCUCCCUUCGAAAUUAUUGGACUUAACGAAGAUGAUACCAUACAAAAUUCGCAAAAAAAUCUAGUAUUUGUUGGUGUUAUGACAGCGAAAAGUUUUAUCGAUGGACGUGCAAAGGCAGUGUAUGACACGUGGGGUAAAGAGGUACCAGGACGCAUAGCGUUUUUUAGUUCAGAGGGCACAACAUCGAAAGAAUUACCAGUAAUAGCUUUGAAGAAUGUCGAUGAUCGUUAUCCGCCACAAAAGAAAUCUUUUAUGAUGUUAUAUUAUAUGUAUGAACAUUUUAUUGAUCGAUUUGAAUGGUUUGUACGUGCAGAUGAUGAUGUAUAUAUAGAACCAGAUAAAUUGGAAACAUUUCUGAGAUCGAUCGAUAGCUCAAAGCCACAAUUUAUAGGUCAAGCAGGACAGGGCAAUAGUAAAGAAUUCGGUUUAUUAUCUUUAGAAUUCGAUGAAAAUUUCUGUAUGGGUGGACCUGGUGUUAUAAUGAGUAGUGAAACUCUAAGAAGAAUGGCACCACAUAUACCAACUUGUUUAAAAAACCUUUAUUCCACACAUGAGGAUGUUGAAGUUGGACGUUGUGUGCAGAAGUUUGCCGGUAUACCAUGCACAUGGAACUAUGAGAUGCAAUAUAUAUUACGACACAACUCUAGUGGUCGUUAUGCAUUUACCGGUAAACUAAAACGUAAAGAAAUACAUAAUGCUAUUUCUUUACAUCCAAUAAAACAGGGACCACUUAUGUAUCGACUACAUUCCUAUAUACAAGGUUUAAAGGCUGACGAGAUGCGUCAGGAAUCAUUAUUACUACAUCGCGACAUAAAACGAAUGGCAAAAUUGUUAGAAAUACCAAGUGAAAGUUCCUAUGUAGCACCGGGCAUAUCGCUAAUACCAGAAUAUGAAAAUGGCAAACAACACUUUGAAGAUCAUAAUAUAUUAGGUAUAAGUCCUGAUCUAAACAAAUUCAUACCAGCCUCCACCGAAGACUUACUAUUGUGGUCUUUUAUUGCUCGUAGUAUUUACUCGCCUGAUAAUGCAAAUCCUAAACAUAAAAUAGAUUCGGCAUUACGAGAGUCUCUUGAGGAUAUUAUAACAGAAGUAAUGGAAAAUAUUAAUAAUUACUCUAGACAAAGAGGGAGAGUUAUUGAAUUUCGUGAACUACUCUAUGGUUAUACACGCUUGGAUGCAAUUCAUGGACAAGAUCUAAUACUAGAUCUCUUACUAAUAUAUAAAAGAUAUAAAGGCAGGAAAAUGACUGUGCCAGUUAGACGACAUUUAUAUAUACAAAGAGCAUUUACAGGCAUAUUCGUAAAAGAAUUAGAAGAAGACUUUUAUAAUGUAACGCUACAGAAAAGCUUUCUGAAAGACAUUCUCAAUACAGGCAUAGAAAAGUUAGCGAGCCAUUUUACAAUACCAGGUUUACAAAAUACAAAUGGUAUUUGGAGUAACUCAGAAACAAAAUCAAAGAUCGUUUUUGUUUUGCCCAUAUCCAGUCGAUUGGCAACGUUUAAACGAUUUAUCGAAAAUUAUGAAGAAGUAGCUAUAAAACAGGAUAAGAACUGUGAUUUACUGAUAGUUAUAUUUGGUAAUCAAACUAUGAUACAGGAUCAUCUGAAUUUGUUACAAGAACUACGCAUGCGUAAUAUAUAUCAAAAAAUCAAUUAUAUACAACGAGAAGAAGAAUUUUCACGGGGUUUAGCUUUAGACACUGCAACAAGAUCCUCUUACAUUAGAGAUGAAGACAUCAUUUUAUUCAUAGACGUUGAUAUGGCUUAUACAACAACUACAUUGCAACGUAUACGCAUUAAUACCAUACAAAAUAAACAAGUUUAUCUACCAAUAGUCUUCAGCCAGUACGAUCCUAAACGCAGAAACCAGCAAUUAAAGCAGACAACCGAUGAGGUUAAUAAUGAAAAUGGAUAUUUUCGACAAUUUGGUUUCGGCAUAUGUGCCAUUUACAAAUCAGACAUUUUGAAUGAGGAUAUAAAUGGUUUCGAUAAGGAUAUAACCGGUUGGGGUUUAGAAGAUGUCAAGUUCUUGGAAAAAAUUGUUAAAUUAGGUCAACGUCAAAAUGGUUUUCUAGUGAAUACUGCAGAAAAUUCAUUUACUCUCAAUAAUAAUACAGAACAAACGCGUCAUUUAAAUAUUUUUAGAGCACCUGAUCCAACAUUGGUGCAUAUAUAUCAUGAUAUAAGCUGUGAUGUGAAUUUGGAAGCACCACAAUAUAACAUGUGCCUUGGCACUAAAGCCAAUUCAUUGGGCAGUACAAGGCUGAUGGAAGAACUUUUUUAUAGCAACAAAGAAAAUAUUGAUUUUAUUAAGGAAUUUAAUUCUAGAAAGGAAGAAAGAUAAUAUCGUUCCUCCAUAUUUUACAAAUUUUUUAAGAUUUUAUGGAUGUGAAGUAUUUUAGUUAUUA